AUGUUGGCUCAUCUCAAAAGAAGUCAUCCACAGACAACAGUGCCAGUCAAUCCUGAUUUAACCGUCAAAGAAUCGUUACAGCUCGCACAGGUGGAACAAGUUAUCAAGAAAUGCAAAGCAAUUGUAAAUUUUUUUAAGAAGUCGUCUGUUGGAUGUCGUGCUCAGCCACUAAAACUAAUUCAAGAUAUUACGACACAUUGGAACAGUAAAUUUCAUACGAUGACCAGAAUGCCAAAAGUGUCCGAUGAACUGGCACUAGUAUGCCGAAAAGUAAAUCAGUCGCCAGAAUUCCUCAAUUCUUCUGAAGAAAAAAUUAUCAAAGACGUGGUAAAUGUUUUAGGUAUAUUCGAAGACUCAACUAAAUUAGUGAGUGGUGACCAAUACCCAACGAGUUCUUUAGUGAUUCCUGUAAUUUGCGGAUUAUUUGAAAACCUCAACACCAUCGAAAUAUUACUGGAAACAGAUGUAGGCAAGAUGUUCUGCUAA